AUGGCCAAUGGGUACCAACUUUGGGCACCCUGGUCACCACUGGAUGAGUCCCUGCAAUGGCUGCGGGGUGCUGUGCCCAGACCCUCCAGCACUAAACACCCUUUCCGAGGAGGGCCCAGCCCCGCAACUACUACUGACCUGGAGGAGCAGCUUUGUUUCCAGGGGCUCAACCUGGUGCUGGAGCCCAGUGCAAAGUCCGGAGGGAGGGCACUGCCAGCCCUUGGAGUAGCGGCGGAGACCAAGGGGUGCAGUGGGGCUCUUCACAAACCCCAGGCUGUGAGGCUGACAGGGCUCGACUCUGUCUUUGGCCACCUUGUGACAGCACAGCCUCCCCACUGGACUGGCUCAUUGAGGGUGUCUGAGCGCUCCGCCUUUUGCCAAGUCAUCAGCCCCCAGCAGCGCAGGCCCCAUGGUCUCCGAGAACCACAAGUACGCAUGGCCAUGGCCAUGUGCCGCCAGAUGCUGCGUGCCAUUCUUCUGCUUUACGCCGCCUACAAGAAGUGUGCCUUUGCCCUGCAGCAUUCCCGGUAA